AUGGGAACAAUUAUAAAUAUUUCUGAGGAAGGAGAAUCUGAUCAGAAGCUGAUACGGAAGUUCACCAAGCAGGAACUCGACUUGAUCGACAAGCAGGCAACGAAAUAUUCCGAAGAAGCCAAAAAGUUAGAAGAAGAAGCCCACCGUAGAAACACUAGCUGCAUCUACAGAGUCCUCCCGAGGCUCAGGAAAAUCAAUGACAACUCGUUAUACGAACCCAACAAGGUCUCCAUCGGGCCCUACUACUACCACCUUCGUAGUGAAAAGUUUAUGAUGGCCGAAGAUUGCAAGCGGAAGUGCUUCGUCUCCUUGCUGGCCAAGAACAUGAAUAAAGACGGGGAAAUUGAUAUCUAUAAAAGCUGCAUGCAAAAAAUAGGCCAACAUGAAGGGAAGAUCAGAAAGUGUUAUUCCGAAGAUUUCCAAGUCAACGGUAUCGAAUUUCUCGAAACGAUGGUUCUUGAUGCGUGUUUUAUAAUAGGAAUCAUUGAAAUGUUUGGAAACUUGAAGACAGAGGCCGACUUCAGCGAAUCUCUUGCAGCCUUGGAGUGGAUGGUACCGUAUUUCUACAGGGACUUUCUCUUGCUAGAGAAUCAGAUCCCCUUAUUCGUUCUGACAGAGAUAUAUGCGCUUAUCCAUAAAAUUCCUGUCUGGAGAAGUACAUCCAAGCUGAUGGUUUCUGCUUUGGGAUUCUUUAAGAACGGAAUGAUAAUAUCCGACUCAAUUUUCAAUUCCAUGGAACGCUACAUACUCAUCCAUGAUGAGAAAAUAAUGGAUCUGAAGCAUAGGGUACUCCCGGUCUUGCAUUUGCUGGACUUGGUUUCGUUUAGUUUAACCAUGCCACUCAAUAUCCCGCAGGGACCAAGACCUAGUUUAUUUGUAAAACCUCCACCCAUUGGCUGCAUCUCGAAGCUCCGGCUAGCAGGGAUUAAGGUCAGUCCGGGCAAGAAAAGGAGCUUCCUAGAAGUGAAAUUCAGGAAAGGUUCGAUUGAGAUGCCAAACAUAGCCAUCGACGACUUGAUGAGAUGUGUGUUGCUGAACUUAGUGGCAUUCGAGCAGUGCCACCAGGGAAGCCGCAAGUACUUCACGGUUUACGCUAGUUUUUUGGACAGCCUGGUGAACACCAGCGAGGACUUCGAGUACCUUCGCAAGCGCAAUGUCAUUGACAAUUACCACCUUGCGGACGACUCCAAGGCUGUGGACUUCAUCAACCGUGCGGGAAAGGAUUUGGUACUCACUGAUAAUUACGACUUCUACUUGCAGGAAUUGUACGAGGAUGUGGAGAAGCAUCAUUAUCAGAAGUGGCGGCUGUGGAAGUGGGCGAGCGUCAAGUGGGAGAGCUUCAAGCGGGAGUAUUUUGACAAGCCGUGGUUGCUUCUGUCGGCAGCUGGUGGCAUUUUGCUAGUAGUGGCUACGUCAUUCCAGGCCGUAAUGGCCUUCUUAACUUACAAGUAUAAAAAUUGCUAG